GACCAAUGAAAUGAGCGCACAGCUCGUAGCGUAACUGGAGAUAUUGACGUGGAGGACGCCUCAAAUUAAUCCGAGCAAACCUCAGCCUGUGGGAAUCGCAUUUAACGAAUGAAAAGCUGUCUGACCGCUUCGUUCAAGGAAACUUUGGCAUUUUUUCUUCUAGAGAAGCAGAUCGACGAUCUGGGGAUAUUUUAACCCACUUUUCGAGCGCUGCACAUUGCAUGCAACGGAGGCAGCGCGUUCAGCCAUUGAAGGAGAAAGGGUUUCAAGGAAAGCAUCACGAAACCACGGACAAAUGGAGCAAACUUACGGGGAGGUGAACCAGUUAGGAGGGGUUUUUGUGAACGGACGACCUCUGCCCAACGCUAUACGGCUGAGAAUAGUGGAGUUAGCCCAGCUUGGGAUCCGACCUUGUGACAUCAGUAGACAGCUUCGCGUUUCCCAUGGCUGCGUGAGCAAGAUCCUUGCGAGAUACAAUGAAACCGGGUCGAUAUUACCCGGCGCUAUUGGAGGGAGUAAACCGCGAGUUACAACGCCCAACGUGGUGAAAAGCAUACGGGAAUACAAACAAGGAGAUCCAGGGAUUUUCGCUUGGGAGAUUCGGGACCGACUUCUAGCAGAUGGAGUAUGUGACAAAUACAACGUGCCCUCGGUCAGCUCCAUCAGUCGGAUUUUACGGAACAAAAUUGGAAAUCUCUCUCAGCCCAGCCAGUACGAAAGUGGCAAGCAAGCACCGCCACAGCCGAGUCUUUCUUACAACCAUUUAUACCCGUACUCUUACCCCAAUGCAAUGUCCCCUUCCGGGACCAAAAUGUGCAGCACCCCCGGUGUCCCAGUCACCGGCGGCCAUGUGAGUUUAUCCCGCGGCUGGCCUUCAGCACACACGGUCAGCAAUAUACUUGGCAUCCGAGCUUUCAUGGACCCCUCAGCUAUUGCUGGCGCUGAAGGAUACGCACCAAAAAUGGAGGACUGGGGUAGUGUGAAUAGAGCCACAUUUUCCUCCACGCACGGAGUGAACGGGUUAGACAAAUCGUCUAUUGACUCGGACAUAAAGUACCCUCAGCCUUCAUCCACUCUAUCUAGUUACGUUCCGCCAUGCGCCUAUUCACCUUCGAACCAGUAUGGGGUUUAUAGUGGCGCAGCAGGUAGCUAUGUGAGCCCUGGGCCCCACUGGCAGGCGCAAGGGGCAAGUCUUUCCCACCCAAGCAGUGGGAUGGCCAUCCACUCGGGAGACAUUCAUUCUUCCAUGCCCUUCAAACACGCUGCACGAGAAGGAGACCGAAAACCACCGAGUCCUCUAAGCAAACACGAGGCUCUGAACAGCAUCCACGGACUCAGUCUUCCUACCUCAUCCUCAUAGCCCCGGAAGCACACAGCUCAGUCUCCUAAAGCUAGCAGCGCAUUUAUCUGAGCGCAUUUCAAGAACUCAGACUGUAAGUUAAAACGCUCAUCUUCCUCACAGCGCCCUGCCCUGGUCACACUCUGGCCCAGCCAUCUGUGACCCAGUUCCCUGAACCCCAGCAAAGCUUCUCAUCUGCAGUACUUUUUUCUCCAGAAACAAAAUGAAUGUAAUGUUGCUCUUAUGUCGCGCUGUGCUGGUUGGUUUGUCUUUUGUUCCGCUAUUUAUGAAAAUGACUGCAUUGCGAAUGCAAUACGAUGUUUGCCCCUGUUGAGAGUCUGCAUAACUUGGCAAUGUUAAUGGUUAUAUCUCCUCAGCAAAUUCUUUGCAAAAAUGAAUAAAAUACUGCAAUACGUUAAUCACACUCAAAUAUGUGAACAAAGUAAUUAAUUGUAAAUGUUAAAUAUUAAAAAUUCUUUAGUUAUAUAUUUUUAUAAAUUCAUUUGUAAAUAUGCUGAAUAAAGGCAUGGUAUAAGUACA